UGGGUAUUGAAAAUCUUGGCUUUUAACGGAAUCAUUGAAGAUCAUUUGUUCAAUACGUGGAAACAACCUCUUCGCAUAAAUCCAAAGGGAAGGCUGCAGAUAAUAUUUGCUCGCCCUUCUACCCUGGGGAGAAUUUCAUGUACAGAAUAUGCCUUUCUUUUUUUGCUGAAUCCCAUUAAAAUGGCCCGAAACCCCUUGGAGUGCUUUGAUAUUUUGUUUGACGUUCAACGUUUACGGAGAAAGAGUGCACACUGUGGGAAUAAGGAAGCAGGGUCUGAUAAUAGUGAUAUUUGGCGUUUCAAAAGGCAGAUAAGAAAAACGAAGAAUAUCGAUGAAGAUUAUGCACAGUUUUUGAUGCUUCUCCUUGACUAUGAUAAAGAGUCCAUAAAUGAAAGUGCAAAUGAAAGUAUCCCUAUUGUUAGAGAUGAGCUUAAUGAUGACAUGGAUGAGGAUGGUAACGAGGACGAAGAUGAUGGGGAUGGUAAUGAGGACGAAGACGAUGAGGAUGAGGAUGAUCCAGAUUACAAGAAGUUUUUGGCUAAUGUUAAGCCAAAAGGGAACUCAUAUGUGCUUAAAGUUGAUAGAAGCGAUGGGUUUCCUGUAUUUGUAGAGUACGAGAAAGAAGAUAGAUCUGGAUCUGAUGAAGAGUGUGAAUGUUUAGGACAGGAAAAACAACAAGACGCUGGGGAUGAGAAAGAUUUAGAUAAAGUAGAAAGUCAUCCAUUUUCAAGAACUGUACUGGAAAAUGAUAAUGAUGUGAUAGUUGAGCCUUUGGGUCCUGUUAUUCAGAAGGAAAAAGGGCUUACAAGCCAGAAUCCUGGGAGGCCUCGGAAGGGUGAGACAAAAAAUAGGUCAGAUAAGGAGCAGAAGACAGGGAAAGGGAGAAAAUCAGCUAAAAAAUUCAAUAACAAAGAAGAAGCAGCUGAUGUAGAUGAAGACUAUUCCUUACUUCUGGAGAAAUUUAUUUGUAAGAAUUGGCGCAUGACAAACUCAUUUAUUAGGCAAUAUAAUCUAAAAAGAAAGCCAUCAUUAAGGGCUCUCCUGGAAAGUGAUAGCGAUAUACCUCCAAAGAAAAAGAAGAAAAAGAGGCUUAGGAAGCAGAAAAGUAGCACGAAGGGCAAUGAUGCAUCCAAGAGGCAGGGAAAGGGUGAGAAAAGGAAGAGGUCAAGCAAAGAGCCGACGGCGCGAAAAGGGAGAAAAUCAUCAGCAGUUGUGGCUGUCAACGAAGAUGUAGCCAGAAUGACACCAGUAGAUGUUGCUGUCAAAGAAGAGAUAGCUGAUGUAGAUGAAGCCUCAUUUAAGGCUGCUGAAGAAGAUCUUCAAAUAAUUGUCGGUGAUAAUUAUACAUUUGGAAAGGAAGGAAGCUCUAAUCUCAUCGAAGCUUCUUCAGAAAAACACUGUGAAAAUGUUGAGGAUAGCUGCCCGCUUCAAACUGUGACUUCUGAUUUUUGGUGGAAUGUCAAGGCUCUUCUUGAGAAGCCUUAUGAUCAGAAGGAAUAUAUAGAACUGUGGAAACUUGUCAAAUGUAGAAAGCCUGUUCUAAAGAGUUCGGACUUACGUAAUGGGAAAUUUUGCUCAACGAGGCGGUUGGGAAAGUCAUAUUUGGAUCAUCAUAAAGACCUUGAUGAACAACUUAAAGAAGUUGACAACGACAAGAUGAAAAAGCUAAACAUCUUGCGCGGCUUUUUCUUUUGGUUACAGAAUCUUACACAGAAAGGAGCUUUCAGGCCUUGGACCAAUCCGGAGUGGCUCUCGUUGUUGGAAAAUUCCACUGUUCCAAUGCUUACUUUCUCUGAUAAUCAAGCCGGGACAAUGUGGUGAAGGAUGUUACUAAAGCAUGCCAUGCCUAAGUCAGAAAUGAUACAAUGGAUCGUCUGUUUUGUUAUAAUUUUGUAAGAUAUUGAAGUCCAUGUAUCAUCCAUGUAAAUAAACCAAGUGGACUAUCUUGCUAUGCAAGGGAAUUUGGGUAAUAUUUCGAUCUGCUUGUGUCUAA